UCGAGUACUGAAGACAAACUUGUUGCUUUCUUUCGAUUCUGGUUUACAUUUUUUGCAUCUUUUAUUUUAUAAAAUGAGUGCAGAUACUCUAAGUGUUACCAGACAUAACAAUUCUUCUGGAAAAACUCUGUUAGACAACUGGGUGGAAGAGCGACAAACUGAACAGUUUGAUAAAGCCGGUGAUGCCAAUGUUUCUGAGCUACAUAAGCAAGGACAUAAGGGUAUCCUGACGACAGAUUUUAAUGCCGAAGCAGAGAGAUUGUCAACUGUCAGAGAUUCAUACAGGAAACCAGAGACACAUGGAGUACGAAAAAUUGGUUUGAGGCAACAACUUUUACAGGAAGAGCUCUACAGACAAGUGAGUGCUGAAGUUGAUGAAGAAUUUAACCCUCCACCACCUACUGUGGAAUAUCUUUCCACAACCAAGAAGGAUUUUUCAAAAGAGUUUACUCCGAUAGUCAAGGUACCAACACGGGAUCAUGAUGUCAAGACAGAACAACCUGCAACCUUUUGGCUGGAAAGAUCUGAAGAAGUUCAUGGCGUAUCUCAAGUGCAGACCAAGGACACCCCAUUCCGUAAAAAUGCUGCCUUUAGUACUCCAAUAGAUGAGUACAAAGAUGCACCUAAGCCGGGAGAAGGCUGGAAAUUUUAACAGGAUCUUUCCCUCCCAAUUAUCUAUGCCAGAAUUGUAAAUAUGUUAGACAAUGUCAUUUGUCCAUAUAUCAAAUUGUAAAAUAAUAGUUUUAUUGAUACCAACCUAGGUUUUGUUAAGUGUGUAACUUUUGUUGUAGUUUGUAGCUUCUCAGAGAGCUUCAAAGUUGAGUUUAAUAAGUUAAACUUGUUUAAAAAAAACUACCAUUGUUGCUGGGUUUAAACAUGAAAGAAGGAAUAGUAGAAAAAACACAUCAUCCCCUUGUAUUAUCCUUUAAGAAAAAAUAGACUUUGAAAAGGCUGUAAUGGUGACAAUGAUUAUGAUUGAUAAGCAAUUGCCACUUUUUCAUAACUGACAUCAAACCUCUUGUCCACACUCACUUUUAGCUUGCCAACAUAUGUUUUUAAUGUUACACUGAUACCAAAUGACUAUCAAACAAAUUCUUUUAUUUAAGCUCCACCAAAGUUAUCAACAGCAAUUGAUUACUUGUUUUGCUUCAGAAAACAGGACUAGAGAUGAUAGACAUAUGGUUAUAGACCUUCUUCUCUCAGAUACCUUUAUUGUGUAUCAUCACGAACAGAAUUUACUUCUGAACUUGUUCACUAAUUUUAUAAUUUAAAUUAGCUUCAGAGGUGUGCGUGUCCAUACUUGACACACAAAUCUUCCAAUGCAACCUCACAUCGCGACUGUUGACAGGUCA